UUGAAAUUGUAUUGGUUAGGUGUGUUCCAAUUUCGGACGAUGUUAAUCUUGAUCAAUUAUCGAUAUCAUAAUUUCGUCAUUCUUUCAUAAUAACAAUUUUCUUCCAAAUUGUUCCAAAUAUUAAUACGACUGUAGUAUUUACUCUUGUUCGUUUCAUUAUUAUGUUGUAAGUAUACGGAUAUUAUUACAGUCUAUAUAAAAUCUACAUCUAUUUGCAAAGUUUAUCGAAUUAAAUCUUUUGCUUACGAAGUAUUACAUUGAUCAAAUGAUCGUCGUAAACGAUACACGAUGCAUUGUGUCCAUUUCACCAUAAAGUUAAAGUGUGUCCGUUUUAGAACGAAAACUUUAAACGUGUUUGAAGAAAAUAAAUGAAAAAAGAAAGGAGAAAGAAAAGUGAAAUUUAUGCAAUCGGAAAUAGAAUCCGGUGCGCAAUUGCUUGUAAGAUUAAACAGUAAACCGAGCCUGCGUGGACUCGAUGAUACUUUAUUUCCCGAAGGUUUUCGACAUACGGACAUCAUAGAAAUCAAUGGAGAACGUUCAACUGGAAAGACUCUUCUCCUCUCUCAAAUGCUCGCAAAGUGUAUCCUACCGGAUUAUUAUGGAUCCGUUCGAAUUAAAGGCUGUAACGCUUCAGUCAUUUUAAUAAAUACAGAUCACCAUUUUCAAGUCUCAAAAUUAAUCGAUGUAAUGAAUAAUAUCGUGGACGCUGCGUGCACUGUACCAUUAAAAUCCGAAACGUUCAAGACAAAUUCAGAAAAGAUAUCUAUUGUACAAAAUUCCUUGCGUAAUCUGUAUAUCAUUAAUUGUUACAACAGCGAACAAUUUUUUCUAACAUUACGUACAUUAGACGAUGUAUUCCUUGACAAUUCUGAAAUUGCCCUGUUAGCUAUUGACAGUAUAACAGCAUAUUAUUGGCAAGAUCGUGAAAAUAAUAGCAAUAUUACAGUUAAUACUUAUAUAAGGAAAUUGUUACAGCUUGCUACAGUACACACAACUCGAUUCAAUGUUGCAACAAUGUACACCAGACCUCCCGAAAGUAUUGUCAAUUACAAAGGAAAAAAAUUCAUGACAGAUUUCUUAACGGAUACUGGUGAAUAUUAUAAGAUACAUUUGCAUAAGAUACACGAUUCACAAGAUCUGAUGUGUACAUUGGAAACAGAGCAAACUGUUAGAAGAGUGCGUUAUUCUAUUUUGUCAAAUGGUAUAAAAUGGAAAGUGAACAAAGGAGAAGAAAAAGGAUAAACUCCGUGAUUCCACCAAUAAUGUAUAUUAAAACAUAGGGAUUAUCGCGAGGAUGACGCUUUGCUUUACCCCUUAACAGUAAACUACAACAAGAAGGAAAUUUGUCAAAUUUUAACAUAUUACAUCAUAGCUAGGCAAAUUUCAUCAACCAUUAGAACAAUGCUUACUUGAAACCAGCAGAAAUAAAUGAAGAUGAUCUUUGACGAAAAUCCCGCAGCUCUCGAGCUACGCCCGUGCAAAAUUCGAACGUUGUACCGCGAUUGAUUGAAGUAUACUAAUAAUACGUGCUGCUAUCCUGUACGAAGUUUCUCGUGCUGCGGCUACGUCAUUCACUCCUAACAUGGAAAUAAUAAGC